GACUCAUUGCCAAAUUUAAAGCCACCUUUCUUUUAUUUCUCUUUGUGACCGAGGCUAUAUUCUUUGGAGCCACGUCUUAUUCAAACACCUGAAUUGGCACAAUAUUCAGACGAAGAACAAUCGCGAUACUUUCGCGUCUCUUCUUUCUUUCUUCAACAUUCGAGUAUUAUGAGUACCCCACCAACAGGACCGUCAACCAGUGCGGCUCUUGACGGACAACUGGUCAAUACAACCCUACUUCCACCUAAUAUCGAGAAUGCGGGAGCAAAUUCGCCGUUAAAUGCAUUGUUUGGUGACAACCCGUACUUUCAAGCCGGUUUAGGACUAAUGGGCUUCGGUGUUGGUCUUACCGUUCUUCGUCAAGGCUCUAUAUUAGGCUUGACAGCACUCCGCAGACGGAUGCUCGUCUCUCUGGAAAUCAAUAACAAGGAUCGGUCGUAUGCCUGGUUCCUUGCUUGGAUGGCUCAUCAAGCAUCUGCAUCUUCUAAGGGUCUCAAAACCACGCCUUGGGUGAGGAGCCAUCAACUAAGUGUUGAAACGGCUUUCGAGCAACGUAGUAACGGCAGCUCUUCCGUUCUCUUUAACCUUGUUGCAGGACCUGGUACACACUGGUUCAAAUAUCGUGGAGCCUGGAUGCAGAUGAAAAGAGAACGUGAAACACGCUCAACACAGUUAAUGUCUGGAGUUCCUUGGGAGACGGUCACUCUUACUACACUCUCGCGAGAUCGAAAUCUAUUCCCAGGGCUUCUGUCAGAAGCAAGGGACCUGGCAAUGCAAGGCCAGGAGGGAAAACUCGUGAUCCACUCUGCUUGGGGAAUCGAAUGGCGACCUUUUGGCCAACCUAGACGAAAGAGGCCACUAUCUAGCGUGGUUCUAGCUGAAGAAGUGAGCCAGAAAAUCAAGCAGGAUGUACAAGCAUUUUUGAAGAGACGGCAAUGGUAUGCUGAUAGAGGAAUCCCCUAUCGACGUGGUUACCUUCUCCAUGGGCCCCCUGGAUCUGGCAAAACGUCUUUUAUUCAAGCACUUGCUGGCUCGCUAUCUUACGAUAUUUGUCUACUCAACCUAUCAGAAAGGGGCUUGACUGACGACAAGUUAAAUCACCUGCUUUCUAAUGCACCAGAACGCAGUUUCGUCCUUAUAGAAGAUAUUGAUGCUGUUUUCAAUAAACGUGUUCAAACCAGCGAGGAUGGCUACCAGUCCUCUGUUACGUUUUCGGGAUUUUUGAACGCCCUCGACGGUGUUGCAUCAGGAGAAGAACGUAUCAUCUUCAUGACGACGAAUCACAUUGAAAAACUGGAUCCUGCACUAAUCAGACCUGGGCGAGUAGAUCUUAUUGAACUUGUUGACGAUGCAACUCCGACGCAAGCAAGAACUCUUUUCGAACAAUUUUACGGCGGGGACGAUCACUUUUCGGAUGUUACACAGGAACAGCUACGGAACAUCGCUGAGAGUGUACAGCAACUAGUGGAAAAAGAGAUGAAGGAAGGGAGACGCAUAAGUAUGGCAGCGCUACAGGGUCUUUUCAUUAGAAAUGGCCCUACUGAUGUCGUUGCAGCAUGUCAGCAGCUUUUAGUUUCAAGACAGGAAUAG